GUGGAAACAUCCCACGGGUCAUCAAAUAUUAUCUUAAUUGGCUGUCAAAGCAUUAAUAGUCCGGAUACUGGUAUCAUAAUAUUUAGCAGCUAUGGGUUUACACAAAUUUGUGCAAUCCCGUAGGCGUUUCAAUUUCUCUUAGUGAGCGGCUCGUACCAGAUCAACUUCAUGGCCUCUUUUACCAUAAACGCAAUUUUGGGAAACUCGUCCCUGAAACAGGAGAAAAAAACAUAUGCCGAAGGACAUCAUGUGGCUGAGAACUCACCUUCAGACGCCUGUGAAACAGGUUUGUGUCUUUCAUGUCUUUAUUUCUGUAGAGACAAUAAUUUGUUUCAUUUGUCAGGGUUGCCUCUUCACAAUGUCAAAUGGGCAAUUUGGAAGCUCGUAAAGAUCUUCUGAUUAAAUAUAUUGUCUAAUCGAGUGGUAUUUUCUACUGCUUAGAUGAAGCGAACGAAAACUUUUUAGAUGAAGAGCCACAUGAAUAUCAUCGACCAGUCAUCCGUGAAGAACUUCAUCUCAACAAAACCCGUAGAAGAAGAACAGCAUUUACAAGCAACCAGUUACAAUCUCUAGAAGAUACUUUUAACAGUAAGAAAUAUUUAACAAUCACUGAAAGAAAUAACUUGGCCAAGAGCCUUCGUCUUUCCGAUACUCAAAUUAAAACGUGGUUCCAAAACAGGCGGACUAAAUGGAAAAAGCAAAUGGCGCCUGACUUUGAGGCGAGUAUGCGGUUGGAGGAAAUGAAAUGUGUCUUUAAUCACCUCCAGACUGGUAUUUCUUAUUGUGGACGAGAAAUGCCAUCACUACUCCACCCUGCAUUACAGCUUCAAAACUUAAACACGAUACACAGUUUCUAUCCGUCGUCUAACCUGCAUGUUGUUUACGGUGACAUGACUACAAUGCCCGCGCAUCCAACUGCCGGCUUUAUGGGUUAAUUUCUUCAUUCUUAUAUUUCUUUCAAACUGUGUUAUUUUUCGGCA